AUGCGCAGAGCGAGGCAGGGAGGCGGCGGGUGCGGGCGCUCCGCGGCUGCGCCGCGUGCUGGCGGCGGCUCGGUCCCGGCCCGCGCCCGCGGGGUCCCCGCUGCGGCCAGAGCGGCCUGGCUGCGGGAUCCGUGCGCAGCGAUGGCGGGGCAACCCCUGCGGGGCCCGGCCUGGGUACCACUGCUCCUGCGACUGCUGCUGGCGGGGAUCGCUGCCUGCGAUGCCAGUCCCGCGGACGACAGCGCGGGCCCGGGGGGCCGGGGACCCCGGGGACGCGCGCGAGGGGACGCGGGCGCGGACGAGGCAGUGCCGCGCCACGACUCCUCCUACGGCACCUUCGCCAGCGAGUUCUACGACCUGCGCUACCUGUCAGAGGAAGGUUACCCUUUCCCCACUGCUCCUCCUGUGGACCCAUUCGCCAAAAUCAAGGUGGAAGACUGUGGAAGAACUAAGGGAUGCUUCAGAUACGGGAAGCCAGGCUGUAAUGCAGAAACCUGUGACUACUUCCUUAGCUACCGGAUGAUAGGCGCUGAUGUGGAGUUUGAGCUGAGUGCAGACACAGAUGGUUGGGUCGCGGUUGGAUUCUCUUCAGACAAAAAGAUGGGUGGUGACGAUGUCAUGGCCUGCGUCCAUGAUGACAAUGGCAGAGUCCGCAUACAGCACUUCUAUAAUGUGGGCCAGUGGGCAAAGGAGGUUCAGAGAAAUCCUGCCCGAGAUGAAGAAGGAGUUUUUGAGAACAACCGUGUCACCUGCAGGUUUAAGCGUCCCGUGAAUGUUCCCAGGGAUGAAACGAUUGUGGACCUGCACUUGAGCUGGUACUACCUGUUUGCUUGGGGUCCGGCCAUUCAGGGCGCCAUCACUCGUCACGACAUAGACUCUCCACCGGCUUCAGAGCGCGUUGUCAGUAUUUACAAGUACGAAGACAUUUUCAUGCCGUCGGCUGCCUACCAGACCUUCUCCUCGCCAUUUUGUCUGCUUCUCAUUGUCGCCCUGACCUUCUACCUGCUGAUGGGAACCCCUUAACCACCGCCGCCAGCCACAGACUAGAUGGAGUGAAAAACCUUCAGUAUAUAUUUUUCAGUAACCGCCUGUAUAAUUUUCGCUUCUAUGAUAUAAAAACAAAUCAUGGUUUCAACAUUUUCGUGAGAAGAAAAAAAAAAAGCGCAAGCCUUUCUCCUAGUCAGGCAGGAUUGUCAAGGCAACGCUACUUUCGGGGAGCACUUAAAACAUUUGCAAACACUUCCAAAUAUGUUCUCUGUUUGAGCUUUACAAUGUCUAUGCAUUGGCUUGGUAAAACUGUGAGGGCCUUCAUAUUGAUUUAAACCCAGACAAAGGGUGCCUUUUGCUGACCCACGUGUCUCACAGCCUUGGCUAACAUGAUCAGACAACAUACAGUAAGGUAGGAAGAACUAGACAUGGAAAGUAGACCUCAGAACAGUCUUGGCUUUGCUUUCAGUCCUGAACAAGAGGGUCACUUUGCAUGUGGCCGUGGAGAUCUUUAUAGGAUGUCAUGGUGUAUCAUCAGGCGCUCGAGAACAUUUCUGUAGAGCGUAAAUGCUUUUAGAUAGUCACACGGUUGGUGGGGAGUAUGGGAGAGAUUCUAGGGAUAAGCGAGUGGUUUGUAUUUAUCUAAAACAUCUUCUCAAUUAGUGUGGAGUUAUGGAAAAACGAUUUUAUAUCGCUGUUAGGAAAGAUUAAAAAUGUGGAUGUCCCUGAAGCUGUAAAAUUAUUAUAAUGAUUAAAAAUAGAAUUCUUAGUAGUUAGAAUUUGCUCUCGUCUGCCACUGUAUUCUACCAAGUAAGGUGUUCAUGGGUGACUGUAGCCAAUGGUGUUUUUCAAGUACGCUAAGUAUAAUUGAAUAUCCAUGAUAACUGAAUAGUCAUCUUAAGGAAAACAAGGCAUUUUAAUCAUAUAUCAACGUUUUUAAAGGCUGUAGACACCAGCAGCAAAAGAUGGGGCAGGGGGCCUAAGGUAAAUGUACCAAGAGUAUAUGUUUAAAAUGUUCAAUUCUUUGUUUCCUUUUGUCAAAAGAGCCAGAGACUCUUUUAGUCCAAAUACCUAUGCUAGCAGCCUGCCAAGAGGCGAGAGUGUAGCUGUGGGCGCUUACACCGCUGGGCCAGUCCCAUCGUGGCAUUCCAGAAUUCUCUGAUUUUUUUCCCAUUGCUUCGGAGCUGGCUCCAGCUUUAUAGGUGAGCAACAGCAGAUUAUAGUUUCUAAGAUUGUCUCCAAGAUUCAGGUCAGAGGUGAAGGUCUGCGUGUGGGAAAGUGUUCAGAUUCUUCUGGGCUGGCGCCAAAACAAAGUAAGUAUUGCUACUUUGUGACACCGUCCACACCCGGUUUCCAACUAAGGGUUCAAGCAGAAGGCCUCACCUCACUCCAAUUAUCUCUUCACUAAGCCCUCUGGUCUUACUCAGGCUUGGCUCCAGCAUGGCCGUGCACCAGCUUUGCAGCAUUAGGGGCUGGUUUAGAAGUGAGGGUUGGGAGUAGAUAGAGACACCCUUGUAGUAAAAUAAGAAGCCCAAUAUUUUUAUAACCCUCAUGUGUACAAUAGUCGAUCUACAACUAGCAGAGCCAAUAGAGACAGACUUCAGUUAUGAGUAGGAGCAGAGCCCUUGUGUUCACAUCAUGUCUUCCAAAACAUAAAUGACAGAAUCCUUAGUGACUUUGUUGGUUUUGCUUUUCCAUGGACAUCAGCUGGCAUUUUCAACAAUAAAUCAUUGUCCUAGAAUAAGCAUUUAUAGACUAGGGAUGCAUUGCAACGGUUGACCACAGAGAGCCUGAUAGGCCUGCUGAAGUUAAAAGCAGCUAAACUCAAACUAGUUCAUUCUUACCUACCGUAAGAGAAAGACCUUCACCCCUNCACUCUUUCUCUCUCCUCCUGCAGCCUCCUGACUCCUGGCUGCUGCUAUCUCAAGCACACACCACAGAUCGGACAGUGCGUUUUCCUUUCUAAUAUGAUGUUUGUCCUGAGGGAGAAGCCUAUCAAUGGUUUUUGCUUAAAAAGAAAAAAUGCCCAAGUGGAGUAUAAGUGGCAGAAAAACGUANACUAGUUUAAUGCACUUAUCUUGCAAGAGGCAGCCUAGGUUAAGGGAGGCGACAUGACUUUCUCCACCUCAUGCAGAGUCAUUAAAACUUCUAUUAAAUAGAACCUGCUAUCCAUACUUAAACCAACUGGGUGCCUUUGCCUGCCUCCUGGUACUUCACAUCGAGUAGAGAACUUCUUACACUGUAUUUGAGGAAAGAAACACAGAUUAAGAAAGAAAGAAAGAAAGAAAGAAAGAAAGAAAGAAAGAAAGAAAGGAAGAACA